AUGGGCGCUUUCGGUUGCAGGGGAUCAAACCGGUACGGUGGUCGUUUAGAUUUCGACGAAGAUAAGCAGGUGCUACGCAUCAGUGCCACGGUCGGGUCCUGUGGUGUUUCGGCCUCUGACGUCCCCUAUACCAUAACUCCCAUCCCCGGUUCUAACUACGAGUAUUGGGUCAAGCCUGACUAUAGCUCUACUGAUUUUAAAGUACGCCUCGCUGCUUGCCAAGAUCCUUCUAUUAAUGCCGACUUCUUCGACAGUCUACACGUCGAAUCCAACAAGGGUGUUCUCAUGAGCGACAUCACUAUCAGUGGCGGUGUAAGGGGGUCUUCGUGGAACUGCUGGUUAGCCAUUGGUCCCACUCGUCCCGUGCCAGGCCCAACUACGAGGUCUCCGCCGGUCCGAACUACCACUACGUAUGCGCCACCGAUGAGCCACCCCGUGGGAAGCUUUUAUACUUCCAUGAGUGAUGGGUCGGGCGGAUCUCUGAUAUUCCAUCAACAGCAGCAAACUCUUUCCAUUUCUAUCCGGCUGGAUAUCUGCGUCGCGACUGCCUAUAACGUUCCGUAUCACGUUACUCCGAUCCCUGGCUCUAAUGGCCAACUCUGGAUCGUCCCCGACUACAGCUCCACGAACUUCGCGACAAAGCUUGACAGCUGUAAUGACGCGGUUGUGAGAAGUGCCCAAUUCCGACGUCUCCGUGCAUCUUCGGAAGGCGGCUCGAUGAAUGGGGUGACGGCUUCUAUGGUUGGUGGUGAAGACUGGGUUUUUGGUCUUGCUGGUGGUCCCCCUCAACCCCCGGCCUACCCGACUCGAUCUCCUGCUACUCCAGCACAUGAGGCCCACCCCGUGGGGACCUACGAGAGUAGCGAACGUUCAGACUCUGUUAGCACUAUCGAGUUCUACGAGAACCUGUUUCUGAUGAGUUUGACUAUCAAGCUCGGUAGCUGCACUGCCUCUGUUCGGAACGUUCCCUAUCACAUUGGCCCUCUUCGCAAUCAUGAGGGACACGAUCUCGACGAUGAGCUCUUCGUGGUACCCGACUUCAGCGGAACAGAUUUCACGACACAGGUGGACAACUGUCGCGACUCUGAUAUCAACGGCGGCGCAUUUGCACAUCUGUUCGUUUCCUCGGAGCAAGGCGUUCCCAUGAGCGAGAUUUCCACCUACGGGACAACCGAUUGGAAGUUCCAGCUCCGUGGUAUUCCCACUCGGCCGCCGCCGACAACACCUACAACUCCCCUUCCUACUACCCCAACUCCUACAGUCCCGACUAAGCCUCAUCCAUCGGGCCUAUAUAAAGAUGACAGUAGAGAAGGCUCAAGCGUUUUGGUAUUCCUUCAAAAACCCGGAAACUUCACCAUGGAUAUCACACUUGGUGGUUGCCGUCUAUAUUACGAAGAUGUUCCGUACGAGAUGGUUGAGGAGAAUGGUGCCUCUUGGGUGAAGCCUGAUUAUAGCUCCACUACUCUGGCUUAUGCUCUGAGUAACUGCAGGUUCGACGCCAACUCGAGAUACACUCUUAAUGAUCUGGAGAAUAUCGAAUUCCACGAUGCGCAAGAUCCGAACGACCAGACGUUAGUAGUUUACAGAAUGCUAGAGACCUAUGGGAAGACACUGAGGACGGUCUUCAGGAACCAGUAG